AAGCCCGAAAUGCUCUUCGUCAGAAACCUCGCACGAGCCGCUCCUCGGACGCUCAGCCGCACGGCCGGUGCCUCCCUGCGCCCAUCGGCCAUUGCUCGCCCCAGCACGUUUAUCAGGUCCCCCGCCAUCAAGGCCCUGCUGCCCACCCGAGCUGCCGCCUUCUCCACGACCGCUCGCCGAAGCCAAGAGGACGACGUCGACGUCGACGUUGCCCUGUCUGCCAAGCUCGACAGCGAGAUCCAGAUUGAGGAGGACAUCAAGGUCAAUGAGCAGCAGCCCGCCAGCAUCAAGGACUUUCUCGACAACAGCCCUUUUGAGCUUGUCGAUACUCCCGGCCAGGAGGUUGUUAAGCUGACCCGCAGCUUCAACGAGGAGAAAAUCACCAUCAGCUUCUCCAUCGCUGACAUCACAAACUUCGACCCCUACGCCGAGGACAACCUCUUCGAGGAGGACGAGCUCCCAGAAGAGUCCCUCCAGUCCGACAAGCAGCAGAACCCCGACGACGCCCUCGACGGCGAGGCCGACGAAGACGCCGGCGCACCCAUCAACCUGUCCAUCCUGAUCGAGAAGCCCGGCAAGACCGACGGCGCCCUCAACAUCGACGCCACCGCCCGCGACGGCGAAAUCGUCGUCGACAACAUGUUCUUCUACGAGGACGCCACCGUCGCCCGCAUCGACUCCCCCGAGGCCGCCCAGAAGCGCGCCGACGUCUACCCGGGCCCUCCAUUUGGCAGCCUCGACGAGGACCUGCAGGUGCUGAUGGAGCGCUUCCUCGAGGAGCGCGGCAUCAACGAGUCCCUGGCCGUCUUUGUGCCCGACUAUGUUGAUGCCAAGGAGCAGCAGGAGUACAUCCGCUGGCUCAAGAACGUCCGCACUUUUGUCGAUGCUUAAAUGCGCUGAAAGGGAGAAUGGGGGAAAGGAAAGGAAAAUGUACGAAUCUAACGUUGGGUUUCACGGUGGAAAAUGAAAAGGGAAAUUAUGAUUUUGUUGUUGUUUGGUUUCGACACAAACAUUUGUGACUAUAGAAAAACUGAUCUUUUUUGUUUGUUUGUUUGUUUGGGAAAUGUCCUCACUCAUGUAUUAUAUAAACGGCCAACGCUGCCGCCCUCUCAUGGACUGAUAUCAUGGCAAAAUUCAAAAUUCAAAUAUAUAUAUUUGUUAUUAA